UUUAGCAUUUAGCACUGGUUGUGCAUUGAACCAAUUGCAAUGCAUACAACCGGAGUGAUAUUUUAUCAACAACCGUGUCACGGUCUAUUCAACUUGAUCAGUAGUGGAUGGACAGGAGGUUAAUUUGAGGCGAAAAUGUCACCCCCUGCCAUGGAUUUACGUGUGCCAUCGUUUUCGGUUGGUCCAGAAUCUAUUUAGAUGUCACUGAUCCAACUCCUUAUGCUGCCAUCACUCAAGCAAGGUAUCGCCGUUCAUCACACAAAUCAAACCCAGACGAAAGAGACUCUGAAGACAUCUCCUCUGAUGCAUCUGUCGAAUCAAGCACUUUGAAGAAGGGGCAGCAAAGCCGUACAAUCCGUCCAGUUGCCAAACUCAGGAAAAGAUACGACAGUUCAAAGCCCACUAGAAGUGGAAAGCAAGACUCUGAUAACAGUACUGAUUCCGAGGCUGAGGAGGGACGAGUCCCUGCAAAGCAUUGUGGGAUGUCAGGAAGAUCUCGACUCCAGCGCAAUGGAAAUGACCAUCAUGAUUCCCGAAGCCCAAGGGCCAGCAGUGGAUAUGGGCUGCAUUCAGCAGAGACGUCCAAGCGGGUAUUGAGUGAUACACACAAACGAGUAGGCAUGGAGAGUGGCUACGGGAACAAGGGAAAAGAAGGGGUCAGCGUGGCUGAUUCCACACCGUCAAGGUACACCAAACCACCCAGACACGACAAGGAGAGAGUUGACAGUAUCCGGGAUGAGUACCUAAACAAGAAGGCUGCUAACGGUGAGAUCACGAGAGUCCCGCGUUACUCGCGGGGCCGGGCCUCCACAACUGCCGGUGACAAGGCAGCCGAGAGCGCCAUCACGCCAGCCGCCGGCGACAUGCUGCUGCGCGAUCGCAGCAGCUCUGACUCCUCGGAAGACCCCGAGUCUAGGAAAGCACGCAUCGCCAAAUACAAAGAGCAGAGGAGGAAAGAACUUGCCGACAAGUAUGGACUGAAGGAGGGUGGCUCCACUGCCACAAGCAGCGACAGCGACCCAGCGUCAAGAUACAGACGGGACCGGAAGCCAAGGGUAGAGGAGAGCAGGAUACCCACUUACGAGAGUCGGACAGAGAGGGGUGACUCUCGAAGGAAGACUUCCCAAGACUCUGCACCUUCAAGUCCACGAUCGCCAAAGACUACAGAGGAGCCAGAAGUGACUAGAUCAAGUGGGUUGAGGGAUCGCUCAGACAGCAUCAGUUCAACAUCCUCUGAAACAAGAGUGCGGAAAGACUCAGUCAUCUCUGCCGAGACUCAGCAGCUGGUAGAUUCUCUGGAAGCCUCACGAGCAGCACGUAGAGAGAGAAUGCGUCGGUCAAUAUCUGAUGUGUCAACGGAUGCAACGGAGAAGAUCAUAGCCAGGCACAGAUCAAGGAAGGAGAGCAUGACUAGUGAGGAUGGCGAUAUCUGUACCGGCUCUGUUAGAAAUACAGAUGAGAGAGGUCCGGUCGCUCGCGUCAGUGACACCGAUUCGCAGGGGUCAUCGUCGGCGACAUCAGGGGAGAGACUGAGGUCAAAGAGCGAGCCCAUCAACCCAGCAGUACUGACAAUUGCACAUGAACAGCGUAAAGCAGAGCCUGAGGAGCCCAAGCCGUCACCAGACAGGGCGGUGAGCACCAAGCAGUCCCGGUCCAGGAGCCGCCGACAGAAUGUCUCCAUCACGGCAGCCCAGAUUAAAGAAGCUAGCGCCAUUGGCCAGAAAAUGGUUGAGCGGAGACUCUCCCUUACCAGCAGCACUCAGUCUCCCACAUCUCCAUCCAACUCAGACUCCGGUGAUGCCGUCAGGAAAGAGCCAUCAAGUGCCACGCCAGAAGUGUCUUCAGGCAAAGAAAGUGAUGAACCUGAGCCCAAAAGUGCCUCCCCCUCUAAAGAGACACGAGUGCCAAAAUCUGCAACCAGGACAGCUAUAGGCCCAGGUCCUUCAGAAGAUUCAGUGUUUGCUGUCGCCAGUAAAACAGAUACUAUAGCUCCUGAGGAAAGCAAAGUGGAGGAAAAAAUUCAGUCAACCACUGCAGACGCUACACAAGCAAAACCAGUGCAAGAAAAACCUUCAAAAGUCAGGGAUAGAAAGGAAGUUUCCUCAAAAGCUGCAAAGUCACCCAGUCCACGAGUCACUUCUCCUGAAAAGUUAGAACCUGGAAGGAAGUCGCCUGAGAAAAAGACGGGAAGCAGAUCCCCUGAGAAGACAUCAAAGGGGUCUCAGAGAACACCACGUGCAUCCAGCACUGAAACUGACAUGGGUUCGUCGAGCAAAGUGCAUCUGAAGCGUCCGCAGAUCCCACAAGUAUUGGACGAGGUUAGAAAACGACGGGACUCAAAUGGGAGCAACUCAUCUUUGAGCGACGGAACACUGUCGCCAACUCACCGACUCGCCAAGGCCAAAGGGUCGGAUAGUGACUCUCGAGCAUCCCCGACAUCCCCGUCACCGGUCCACAAGUCAAGCCGGAGAAUCACAGAGCCCUCAUCUCGGAUUCAAGAACUGGCCAAGCCGAGGAGAGUGGAAGCAAAGAAAGAGACUGCAACAAAUGGUGUAGAUUCAAAGAAAUCUGAGAGAAGAACACCAACAUCCCCAGAGAAACGGAUCAAAGCUAGGGCAGACAUUGCUAUCCAUUCCAGGACAGAAAAUGGUGUGGUAGUGGAUAGAAACAAAGGAAGAGACAGUCCCAAGCCUAAAGAAUCUAAAGAAGUGACUGUAUCAACUAAAAUUACACAAAAGCCACCCUCAUCCAAAGAGAAAGUGCCUCCCCAAGUGAAAGCAAAGGUGACUUCUAAACAAACCUCAAAAGUGGAGACAACAAGGCAAACAAAACCAGCCAAGGAUGCCCCCAAGACCGCAAUCAAGACACAGAGUAAAAGUACCAAAGCAGAACCAAAGAGCAAUGCUGUUAAGCGUCAAACUUCGUUCAAAUCGAGAAAGUCGCCUGAUACUCCAGAACAGACUGACGUCAAGAAGGUUGCCUUGGCAACCAAGGAUAAAGAGUUGAUGGCAGUGAUGCGGGCUCGUGCCUUGAGUCUCCGAGACAGUGACGAAGAGGAGGAAUCUGGAGUUAGGCAGGAGGAUGAGGCCAAAGACCAGGACCAGAAACCGGAAGAUGUCAUCAAGGUCCCUGUUGCCCAGAGACUGCAGGUCUUUAGGAGUGCAGAGAAGUUGGACAUUAAACCACCAAUGCCUCCAACAUCGCCGGGUUCCCCUAGGUCACCUAGGUCACCAAGAAGGUCUUCUCAGAUCAAAAUGGAGACCACAGAGCCUGAGUCUCAACGAACUCCAACUGAAAAGUUGAGUGAGGCAGAGGCUGAACCAGACGAGUUAGCCACACUGACUGUUUCAGAAAAGAAGCAAAUGUUCACACAGAUCUCUAAGCAAAAAGACGAAGAGGUCGCCAAAGCUAAGCCACGCAGACGCUUCCACCGCAUACGCAAUAGUGAGCGUUCACAAACUCAGCCUGUCACGCCGGAGGAAUUUAACUCGGCGACGUCGUUAGCCAACCUCAGUGCCGGUGAAAGCACCUUGCCAGCUGUGAAUGAGGUGGAGGUUGAUGAAGAUGAUGCCUCCCGGUUGAGCCUGGCAGAAAAGAUGAAACUGUUCCAUCAAAAGGCAGAGGUAGACAAGCCCCCACCCAAGGCCGAAGUCCCAAAACGAAAGAAGCGCACUGACUCCAGGUUUAAGACCCAACCUGUGACAAUUGAUGAGGUCAAGAAGGCCACUGGAAUCUCACCUUUGAUGCGUAGCUUCACAAGGCCACCAGAUGAGGUAGCUGGCUUACCCCUCCAAGAACAAAUUGCUCUUGUUUACGGCUCGAAAGAAAGGCUGGAAAGAAGGAGUUCCUUGAAAGAUGAGAGGCAUCCACCUUGUAGUGGUUCCGAAACAAGCUCCCCUGAGAAGAAGGGAAUUCUUAAAGAGCCUUCUUUCGAGAAGGCAGACUCCAGUUCUGAUGAGCCGCCAAAGAGCAUUUUAAAGUCGGACUCUGAGGUCAGCUAUGACAAGCUGCAAAGGGGACGUGGCAUACUGAAAGCCGAAGAUGCACCCACUGUUCAGUCAGACCCUGAAGUGAGGAGCAUUCUGAAAGACAAGAGUGAAUCCCAGAGUUCUGACUUGGAGGAGACGAAGAGCAUUCUUCGUAAAGAUUCCAAACAAGAGAAGGAUGACACCGACUCGGACCGUGCUGACAAAUCCAUCCUGAAGAAGGAUUCGACCUCUGCGAAGCCCCCUCUUCAGUGCAUCAUGCGGAAAACCUCAGACACUGUCUCCGCUGAAGGACAGACAGAUGCUUUGAAGCCAGUGGAUAGUCCAAAGAAACCUGCCUUAAAGAAGGACGAUUCAAGAGAUUCAGACUUGGACAGUGGAAGUGCCAAGCCUCCUCUGCCAAGCAUCAUUCGGAAAACCUCCGAGACUGUUUCUGCUGAAGGAGAGAGGGGUGAUUUAAAGCCAAAGGAUAGUCCAAGGAAAGCUGCCCUGAAGAAGGACGAUUCUCAGGAUGCUGAUGUAGAUAGCGGAACUGAUGACCCAGUCAAGAGAAAAAGUGGAUUGGCUAUGGAGCAGCUUCGACUCCGAAAGGGAAAGGCCAGUCUGAGGGUUGAAGGCUACUCCAGCUCUGACUCCGAGCCCGAGGUACGAGCCAGGGCCAGAUCAACCCCAAACUCACCCAUCGUUGAGAUCAGAACAGUCAAGAAGAAGCAGAUUCCGGAGUUGGACAUCACUAAGAAACGACCCAAAUCCCCAUCUGCCAAAGAUGCCAGGGAGCGCGGCCUGUCCCCACGGCGACUGAAAUCCCCCGACCCAGGACGAUACAAGACCCAGCCCGUCACGCCCGAGGAGAUGGCCAAAGUACGGCAGCUGACCGAGCCGGUCAAGACCUCCGGCUCCAUUGCUGAGAGAUUGCAAUCUUUGCAGAAGAGUGGGCAAGAGGAUUGGCAGAAGCGCAUCAACAAAUACAACGACUCGCCGAAGUCUAAUCUGAAAGACUUCCUCAAAAUACCCGGCACUGAAACAUGCAGGCAGCCAGAUGAGGAUGCUGAUCUGGCCUCCUGCAGCAUCUCCAAGAGGCUGGAGCUGAUCCAGGACAGCCAGAGCAAAUGGAAGAAACGUGUGGAGGAGAAAGAUGCCACACAGUUCACCGUCUCAGGGAAGAUGACCAAAGCUGGGAAGGAAGUGGUGGAGACGUCGCCCCAGCUGAGGAGAGCUGGGAGUUUGAGAGUCAAGCGGGGAGGCUCAUUCAGAGGUCGUGUGACUCUUGGUGAUAAAAAAGAUGGCGAUAAAAAAGAUGCUGACAGUAAAGAAGGCGAGAGCAAAGGAGCUGAGGACAAAGAGGCAAACGCCAGCGACAAGAGUGAGGACAAGAGUGAAAGCACCAGCAGCAUAACCAUUAGUGUCUCAGGGGAAACACAAGACAGUAAGAGCUCCUCUACCAACGCAACAACCACCGAGUCGGAAUCCGAGUCGGGCUUUCGCAUCGUCAAGAAGAAGAUUGCCGUCAUGAAGCCAGACGAUGAAACGUUUGCCGAGUUUUUCAGUAGCAGUUCGACAGUCAUCACUGAGACCGCUAUGCUACCCAAGGACCGCAAGGCCUCCCUGGAUGAUGUCACUCUCUCUGACUUUGAUGCCCUGUCAGACAUCCAGCUUCCAAAGUUAACAGCACUCUCACGGAAUCGCAUGUCGCUGAGACCCAAGAGACGAGCCCAUGGCACCAAGAACCCCAUCCGUGCCCUGAAGACGCGCAGUAACGUCAUCACGGAGUAUGAAGAGGUGAAGAUGGAAAUGAUUGAGACGCAGGUGAUGGACAGGACGGCUGUCAUGAAGGCCAGGCGAGUGGAAUUGUCAUCCCAGUCCAGGCUACACCACUCUGCACGGAAGGGACUAGCCAGCAAGGAAGACAUCAGCAAGGGACUCAAGAAACUACAGAAGGUCAAAGAUGUCAGGGAGAUGGAGGGCAAACUCAGUCAGCUACUACCAUACAAGGAGCUCAUGCUGCUCCAUAUAAAAGGGAGACGCUUCGUCCAAGUCCGACUGAUACAGCCCUCCACUGAAAUGCUGAACACCGGCGACUGUUUUGUGCUUGUUACGCCCAAGGAGUGCUUCCUGUGGAUCGGGGAAUACUCAAAUGUCAUUGAGAGGUCAAAGGCAUCAGAAAUAGCCCAGAUGAUCCAGACGACGCGAGACCUGGGCUGCAAGGCGCCCUCGUUGGUCACAAUCGAAGAGUCUAAAGGCAAACCCCUGGGAUCGCUGAGAGACUGGAAGCGGUUCAUGGCCACGCUCGGUGGAGAGGACGACGUCAAAGAUAUUGCCCGUGCAGAUGAGGAUGAGUUGCACGAGAUCUACAUCACAGAGACCAACAUGGUGUACAAGGUGGAGGGGGAAUCGCUGGUACCCUGCGACGACUACUGGGGGUCACCGCCUAAAUUCUCCAUGCUGAAUACCAACGAGAUCUAUGUCUUUGACUUUGGGACGGAGCUGUACAUAUGGCAAGGGAAGCAGACAUCCAGCAAGGAGCGACAGACGGCCGCUAAGCUGGCAGAGAUCGUAUGGCAGCGGGGUUAUGACUACAGGGAGUUUGAUAUCAAUCCGCUCUGGCCUGGACAUUCCAAGAAACCUAUGCACGGCGAGGAACGACCAGAAUGGGCACUGUUUGGAAAGACCACGGAACACAUGGAGACAGUUCUCUUCCAGAACAAGUUCAUUGAUUGGCCGAGUGAAUCCAGACUCAUCAAAGUGAAAACCAACGAAGAAGAACAGAAGCCUGAACCAGCGCCUGAGUUAGUUCCUUACGAUGCUUUUAAGAUGAUACAACCCAGCAAGGAAAAGACAGAUCUCAUCCUGGAAAACACAAACCUGGGCAGAGGAAAAGGUUCGACAGCAAAGGGUGAUGGAGGCACAGCACACUUUGAAAAGAUUGACCAACGAGGCAACGAGAUCACCACAUUGUCAGUGGUUGUGUGGCACGUCUUGGAGUAUGAGCACAGUAUUUUACCUCAAGAGAGCUUCGGUCAGUUUCAUGAGGGUGACACCUACGUGGUACGGUGGCAGUACAGGGUGGAGAGCACAGGUAUGCGAGACCUGAAGGGUAACCUCUCCAAGCGUGGCCAGGGCCAUGGCCGGGAGCGUUGCGUCUACUUCUUCUGGCAGGGAUUAGGUAGUACCAUCAAUGAGAAGGGAGCCUCAGCUCUCAUGACGGUGGAGCUGGAUGAUGAGAGGGGGCCGCAAAGACAGGUGAUUCAAGGCAAGGAGCCAGCAGCCUUCUUACAGCUCUUUGAUGGCAGGAUGGUGAUACACAUCGGCAAGCGAGAGGAAGAAGAAACCAAUACCCCAGGCCCCAAUAGGCUGUACUGCGUCCGCAGCGAACACACCGAAGAAGGCUUACUGGUAGAGACAGAAUGCAAGACCACCCAGCUCCGAUCUAGAGCCUCAUUUGUCCUUCUCAACCUCAAAGAAAGCCUCAACAGAGCAACUGUAUGUGUAUGGCAUGGUGCCAAAUCCUCCAAGGCUACUAGGGCUGUGGCGGUGCACGCCGCCAAUAUGCUGAAGGAAAAUAAGCCUCAAGAGAUGGGAAUGAAGGAGGAUUGGACAGUCAGCAUUGAGGAGAUGGAGGAAGGACAGGAGACAAGCACCUUCAAGAAGCUCCUGGGCGUGGAUCACAGUGCUUAUGAUAGUGCAAUAGGAGAUCCUCUGAUAUACAACUACACCCCACGGCUCUUCCAUCUGACCAGCAAGUCUGGAGUGUUUGUUGCCACUGAGAUAUUGAAUCAGUCUCGUUCAGAGGAGAUGUUUACUCCGUAUCCAUUCCAGCAGACGGAUCUGUAUGGGGCAUCUCAACCUGCCCAGUUUCUGUUUGACAAUCACUACGAGGUGUACCUAUGGCAAGGCUGGUGGCCUGAGGAUCAAGAUAAGAAGACUGGCUCAGCUAAGAUGAGAUGGGAUAUAGACAGGCGGUGUGCAAUGGAGACAGUCAUGGCGUAUUGCAAAGAGAAACGGAGCAAGAACCCACCCAAAGCGUACUUGGUGUACGCGGGCCUGGAGCCCUUGACAUUCAUCAACUUGUUCCCCUGGUGGAGAAUCGACGACCAUGUAGCUGAAAUCAACAAGAAGGAUGGGAAAAGCGGUGACCAUGCUGUUCUGGUCAGCGAAGUCUUACAGAAACUAACCAAAGCCCAGUACACGUUUGCCGAGCUGCAACAGAAGCCACUGCCAGACGGGGUGGACCCCCUCAAACUAGAAACCUACCUCUCUGAAGAAGAAUUCAAGGAGAAACUAAACAUGGGAAGGGAGGAAUUCUACAAGAUACCACCGUGGAAGCAACUCAAGAUCAAGAAGGAAGUUGGUUUGUUUUAACCACGGCACCUCCCUGCGUGUGGGAGUUUUAAAAGUUUGUGCAGGAUCACUGACAAGUAUGAGUGGUUAGCUCCGAGAACUUUGGAACCGCUUGAAGAAACACAUCUGCAAUUUGGGACAGUUUUGAAGAUAUGAUGCUGGAUUUCUCAGCUUUGGAAAGCCGCAAAUCUGUCAUCAAUAGACUGCCAUGGAAGGAGUGACAUCUGCGGGCCAGGAUUGAUAGAUCUCUGCAUCACAGCCAUAUUCUAGUUGUGUGCUAUGGUUCUGCAGGGAUAAACAUGAGUAGACGUGCAUUCAUUGUUAAUGGAUUCAAAUACAUGUAUCAAAAAGAUCUUAAAAGAUGGCUGCGCAGUGCAGUGGACCUGUUAGCCUGAGAGCGUGUCCACUCCUUGGGCUUUUUCCCCCAGAUCUUGGGAAUUUAGGCCAGGGCUUGGGAACAUUUCGUUGAGCCUUGUGAAUGUUUGUGCAUUGAGAACACACAAAAGUAUGGAUUUGUGAAUGCGCAGAAUGUUAAUUGAAGCAUUUUAAGAGCCCCAUUCACAUACGGUCUGUACUGCUAUUCUGAUACAUAAUCCUGGGAGAUCUUGGGAAAUCUUGGGAAUUUUUCAGCGGUCAUCUUGGGAUUUCAAAAUUGAUGAGUGGCCACUCUGGCCUGUUGCAGUCGUAUCCCGUAUGGUGUAUCAGGCAGUGCCUCUAUUUUGAUGAGCUCUCUGUCAACCUGAGGUUUAUUAAAGGCAUAUAGAAUCAUUUGCAUUUGUUCCGAUAACUUUUGAAUUAUGGUCAAAAUUCUUACUAGGUUUAAAGAUCGUAGUGGUACUAAACACCCUGUGAAAUCUUCCGGUCUGGUUUGCUGUCAUGUAGAAGAAAUCCAGAAAAAUGUCGGAGAUUUCCAACGAUCAGUCAAUUGACUGAUUUUUGGAAAUAGAGAGUGCUAUGGAUGAAAUUGUGUUUCGUAAUCAAAAAGUUGUGCAUGCUUUUCACUGUUUUCUUGAAAAGUGUCAAAUCCACCGAGCUGAAAUUUCACUAGUUUAGGUUUUUGAACAUUUGUCUUUUCAUUUUGAGUGGUGUUAUAAACAAUGCAUGAUUGAAGCAAAUGAUCCUAUAUGUCUCUAGGUUACCGGAUCAAGUCAUUAAUUUAAGAGACCGACAUUCCAUUUUUGGAGUAACGGCAAUUAAAGUGUGAAUGUCUAUUCCAGAAACACUUACUGCUUUUCAUUGCACAAAACUUGAAACUCAUUUUCUGUACAUAUGUACCAUACCUAUGUAUCCAUUCUCAUUUGUUUCUCCGUUUUUCAUGGUAUUGAAGUCGGUCAUUUGCAAUAGGUUUUUACUGGGUAUGGCAGUGGGGACACCUGCCCAUCACCCCACAUCCCCAUGGCUGUGACAGUCCUGUUUAGAUAACGAUGUAGUACCUUGAGCACCAACUCUAGUGGAUAUGUGGGCUUUAUCAAUCCACAUUACAGUAGACGAAUCUGGUGAGAGCGUUGAAAUGCUUGAGGGUGCCCUACUAUUUUAGGUCACUGUGGUGUACCGGAUGAGUCCGUGGAAAUCAACACGAAAUAAGGGGUUUCCGUCCAAAUUUCCUGAAUUAUUAUGUUUCUGGUUUUAAAAAAGGACAAUUUUGGAAGAGAAAUGAGAGUAAAGUGCAAGCACCAGUGCACCCAUACUUGUUCCGUAGUUGUGGGGAUUACACAUGUGUUGUUCCGUAGUAUUAUAGGGACCGAAUACGCUAUGGUAGAAAGUCCCCAGAACUCGGUCAUGGUUUUCAUAACAAUAAAAACCUUCGCCAUAACGCGGUGACAGCCCGCCCUACACAACACAUGCACAAAUGCACCAUAGUCAUGAGACCCGUCCACACUAUCCAAAGUCUCUUUUUAUGGGCCUGGGUCCAACAUGUAGAUUUCUGGAACCUCAUUCCUACUACUAAGAAUCCAAAAUGGCUUGUACACAGGUCCCAGAUGUAAGUGUGAACGGUAUGCCUUACCUAUCCACGUUCAAUGGGACCUGGUUCUGUUUACCGUGGAACCGUGUUGAUUUCAUUCAACAAGGGUAGGCGAGAUGAUAGUGUGUAAAGGCUCAUGAUUCUGUCAUUGGAGGGCCGCAUUGCCAGAAUCGUCUGUAGGGACAAGUACUGCGAUAAUUCAAAUUGAUUUUUUUGAGCCUUGAGAAACUCGCUCCAAAACAAACUGUUUGACCAUAAUAUGCAGGAAAAUGUAUACUGCAGUGAUGGAAAGCACAGUGAGUUUGAUCUUACGGUGACAUGGGUGGCUAGUGUGUAAAGGUCUCGCCUUUUACUUGUGAUGCCCAAUUCAAUUCCCGGCACGGACCAUGUGUGAGUAGAGUUGUUCAACGAUUCUCUCCUGUGCCUCAAGAGUUUUUCUGCAGGCUCUCUGGUUUUCCUCCUGCAAAAAUGCAACACUUCUGAUAUCUGGCAUGGGUCGUAUGGCUGAUGCUUAUUAAAGGCCCCUUUACAUGCAAGCUGCUGGACUACGUUGUAGCUGGUCCUUCACAAUUCAGCUUCUCAGCUGCUAGUAAGGAUGAUUAGCCCCCAAAAUUAAUUAAUUACAAACUCCUCCGUUUUCAAUUCUAAAUCAAUGGUAUGUUUCCUUUUUUAAGCUAGAAGUACUGCCUGCAAUCACAUUAGAAAUGUGCUGUAAUGUAAUGUACAUAUACACAGGAGGGUUGGUAGAUGUAUUACCUAAUGUUUUAGCGGACAUUCGUGUACUAUGAACAAUUUCACAAUUCUUAACGAAUUUUGUGAGUCUUACAAUUGAUAUUUCCUAACAACAAAAAAAUGUAAAUAAUCUAUGUAAAAAAGAGAGGAAGCUAAUAUGUGAGAUUGUGUUUAUUAAUUCCAUAAUAUUGUCAUUGAGAAAGAGGGAAGCGGUACGCGAUGAGUUGUUGAAUGAGUGGGAAUUGUAAAGAAUUAUGUAACUUCCUAUAAGUACUGGUAUAAUAACAUAUCAAGCGUGGUGUAGGAUUCCUGUAUAUGUAGUUAUUUAGCAGUGUAGAAUUCUCUAACAACUCUCUCUUUAGGUUUCGGACCAGUGCAAUGAAGGGGCAGAGUACGUAGCUUAUUUAUUAACACAUGUAUGCAUUGGUGAACUUUUGGCCUGUUGAGAAAUUUGGUGUUUCUUCACAAUUUUUUGGAUACAAGGGUUGAAAAUAUAUCGUUGUGUGACGAUGAUGAAGUUUAAAAGGAAUGUUAACUCUGGUAACGUAAAAAACACAUAACUGCCUGAAACAAAUAUAAUGAGUUGUAAUUUUGUGUACUUUUCAUACAAAUAUUUGGAAUCAAAUUUGAUGUGUAGGGUUUUUUUUUGGGGGGGGGGGUGUCAAGAAGUAAACCUAAUGUGCCAAACCAAAUGUCAUCAGUAACCGUGGUAAUAAUGUAUAACUGUUGGUAUAAUUAUAUUGAUUGCUUACUGUGACUUAUGUGUAUUACAACCUCAUUCAAUCACAAUAUCCUGACAUUGUUGAGAUUAUCUACGGAUGUCGCUAAAUGUCUCCAAAAGUCAGAACAUUGCCCAAAACAUACGGAGAAAUUUCUUUUGAUAAUUUUUGAUAAUCAACACGUCUUGGAAGACUUAUUUAUGGUUUCGGUGAGGCAGGGAUAAAACCACUGCCAAAAAAAUAAACAGCACGAGGUUGAACAAUGUAUUUUUGAUUGGGCUGAGAUUUCCUCAAAUCUUCAUUUAACUCGAACUCCCUAGGCAUUUUUGCUAGGAUGCAACCUCAAUCCUGCAAAAUCCUACAGUUGCCUUCAUGUAAAAAUGGCAUACAGCCUCAAUCCUGCAAAAUCAAUCGUUAUUUCUUGAGUGUGUUCCUUGGAGGGGUGACCACUGCCUCAAACCUGCAAAAUACCCUGGCCAUCAUUGUCAAUAUGUUGAGGCAGAGCCUGUGACAUCCUGGAGCAGUGCAGAGGAUUUCUAAGUACAAUCUAGGCCUAAAUUUAAGCACGGCUGAGCAUAAACAACACAAGGUCCGGCCCAAGACCUUGACACAGUGCCUCCUUCAAAAUCAGCCACACAUUUUUUGCCAUAUAGCCUCAAUCCUGCAAAAUCCUCCAUUUUGCAAAGAGGAGUUGGGAAGGUUUGGGUUAAGUCCCACACAUGAACAUGACUCUUGAAGCAUGUUGUGCACUUUAUAAUAUAUGCACUUUACAAUUUCUGUAUUAAAUACUAUAAUUUAUGAAAAGUGCCUUGUUUUACGAAGCACAUAACCCAGCACAAAGUCAAAAAUGGAAUCCUCAAAGUCUGCAACAGUAUGGGGAAACGCAGUGUUUGUUGACAUGUAUAAGAAUCUUUUCAUCAAAUCCAUACCUGCAGUAACAGAAAUAGAUGUGUAACCUUAUAAUCUAUGUGUUUUGUAUAAAUCAUGAAAAUGAAACUGCCCAUGCAUUUGUAAAUUCCAGUUUGAUACCACAACUUUUGUUAACUCCUUUAUAAAUAACUGUCUAAGAGAUUCUUCUGAUGAUUUAUCAAAUUUGUAAUUUCGGUGUAAUGUGUGACUCUUUUGUGUAAUUUAUCACGAUGCAAAUUAAGGCUAGUAAUUGAAAUAUUAACACCAUUUGAUAUUGUUGAAUCAAAGAUUUCUGAUUUAUUAUACAAUCGUUACAAUUCCUAGAAGUGAUGACGUUUUAGAUUUUUAGGCAGUGGUACUUUGAGCUUGUAGUUCAUGUAUAAGUCAGUUUUAAUAAGGGAAAAAGGGACAGAAACAUCUUGAUCAUUCAAAAUGUCAUUUGGAGCUUUGUUCUCACCUUCGGAAACUAAGUUUGAAAAGGAAACAUUGUUUCAUUUAAACCUUAAUUAAAAAUGAUUGAAAAACACAAAUUUCUGAAAUACUAAUAAAUGUUUGGGAAUUAA